CUUGUUCGACUUUGCUGCAGGUAGCGCCUGUGACCCCGGUUCUGGAGUCAGUGCGGCGUGUCUUCGUUUUACUUGUAGAAAACGGUUAAUAUCGCCACACCGUCGUGAUUCAUUUUCGCAAAUAAGUCCAAAAAGAAAAAGAUAAAGUCUUGUCAUCGCAAUUUGUAUUUGAUUUCUGGCAGAAGCUUCCGCCGCGUCGUGGCCAAGCAAAACUUUUCCAGUUUUCUUAGAAGCAUCAAUCAUGGUCUUUCGCCAGGAGCUCACGGUAGCUGCACAGGAGCAGGUGCUGCAAGCUUUUGAGAGCAGGCAUCAAUACGGGGGAGCAAGAAAGCCAAUAAAGCUGCUCUUUCGCCCGUGCACAUUGAUACCUUCGGUCGGAGUUCUUCGUCUUGGACGAGCAAAAGAAAUCAGCACCGCGUUCUUUAACGAUGAUCACCAAUCGCCAGCGUGGAAAAUCGCGAAAAAGACCGACGACCCGUCUGCCAGGUCUUCACGGCCUUGGCCUUCGGCGUCUUCCUCAUCUUGUUCCAGUACAAGAGCGAUUAGAAGUUUCAAAAGUAAAGCUCCUGCCAGCACAUCCUUCGCAGAUACAAACAGUAGCAAUUUCGCCUCCAACACGACAGCAGACCUUGUCACCCAGUUCGAAGACGGCACUUUCUUCUCCGACCGGAAAGAAAAGGGCGCACCAAGGUUCACGGUCGAACAAACGGAGUUGAAAACCAAAGACGACGUGGAUAAGAAAUACGCCGAAGAGAAGGAAAAACUCGGCAGCACAGAGUCCGACAAACUCGACGACGCGUACAAGAUGGCGUUUAUCCCCUUCCCCGAUAACAACAGCGGCGAUAACGGGUUGGAACGACCGGAGUUGCUCGCGGAGCAGGAGCGGAUUCUCGGUUCCGAAGACCCGGUGACGAUUCUGUCCACGAAGAAAAACGACCUGGAAUCGGACGAAAUCGGAUUCCGGAAUUUGGAGGAAACAGACCCGAACAAACAGCAGCACGCGGCCAGAAGUCUGUUUGAAUUGAGGAAGCGGUGGAAUCCGGAUUUUCUCCACGGGGAUGACAGGGUGAUCAAAAAGGUGGAAGCGUCGUACCGGGUGCUGUUCCCGAACGACGAGAAUCCGGAGGAGCCGGAGCCGCUGUCGAAAGAGGAAAAGGACGACUUCCCGGAGAUGGAGUGGGCGGACGCGCGGAACGUGCCGCGACGGGGGUUCGUGCCGCCGGAAUUCAUCGCGGACUUGGAGAAAAUCGGGAAAAACAUCAUGCGGGACGUGGAGUCUCUGCAGAAGGAGGCGAAGGAAGCGCUGGACCGGGCGCAGCAGUCCUUCGCGCACCACCGAGACCUGAUGAAGCGGGGGUUAGGGGGUUACAUGACGCCGACGGAUUUCGACGACCCAAACGGGGUCACGUCCCCCUACGCGGUGCCGAAACGGUUUUUGCUCCAGGACAGCCCGCUGUUUCGGAAGCAGCUGGGGCCGGAGGGGGUGACCACGGGGGCGAAGGACAACGCGGCGGAGGGACAGUGGCAAAAUUCGUUCCGGGCGAAAAGCUACAUGGAGAUGUUGUAGUGACGCUCGUUCAAGAUCGUGCCACAGUUUGUUCGAGCCAAGAAAGUCCUCGAGCGCGUGUGUUAUUGACCCUCAGAUUCACUGAUGAUGUUGAUGUUCAGCUACAGACGCACUUCUUCUCCUGUGCGGUUCACACCUCAUACCCAGCAGCCAUAAAAGGUCGUCUGUCACCAGAAAACCAAAAUUAAAGCUAAUACUUAAAUGAAGCGAAAGCUGUGACGAGCUACAACUUCUACUGGUUUUACCAGCGGUAAGUCUAAGUGAACAUAUUCCAG